GAAGAGCACCGCCCUCAGAUGGAAGAGAAGUGCGACGAGUGCGGCUACACCAAGGCCUACUACUGGUCCGCUCAAGUUCGCAGCAUGGACGAGGGGCAGACGACUUUCUUCGAGUGUGUUCGGUGUGGACAUGUGUGGAGUAUCAAGUAG